UCAUUCCCCACCUUGCCUUUUCUUGAAUUUAUUAUGUGUGUUUAUUUCAAGAUUUUCAUUUGGAUUAAUCAUAAUACAGCCCAAAUGUUGGUUUUUAAUACAGAAUAAACAGAAUUGUACUUUUUUAUAUUUUUUUAGUUGUUAGUUAUACUUGACAUUGAAGUUCUGACUAAUUAGUCCUUAACAAAGGCGGGAAAACAUUUGGAAUUAUAAAACUUGCAUAGUUAAACAAUUAACCUCUUGGUUAGCUUUAUUACCAAGAUACCACUGCAGAAUUUGUUUUCAGAUUUGUAUUAUUUGUCUCCUUUCAGGAACUACACUGAGGUAUUUGCACCAAUCCCUCUCAGUGAUGACAGCAGUGUUGAAGACACAGAAGAAACUGUGAUAGAGCUCAAGAAAGCCAUAUUACAAUAAGUAACAUCAUAGAAGAUUUAUUUCUUCAAGUCAAUAAUGCAGCCUGCAGUCGCUUUAUAAUUAAUAGAGCUGAUGUCUGGGGUGGAGCAAUGCGGGGUUUCCGUAGAAGUAACUAUGAACCCCAGAAUUCCAUUAUGGUGAAAUUUACGGAUGACAUUGGAGUCACUGAAGAAGGAAUUGAUACAGGAGGACCAAAACGGGAGUUCCUUGGUCUUCUAAUGGAUCACUUGCAUAAACGUCCCAUAUUUGAAGGACCAGAAACACAAAGGUUUCUUAAAUAUGAUGCAACUGGUGAGAAGAAUGACGAAUACUUCAUGGCUGGAAGAAUAACUGCUGUAUCACUGGUACAUGGAGGGCCCCCACCAAGUUUUUUGUCUGCAAAUCUCAUGAGACACAUCUUGGGCAUUGAUGAUAUCCACGCUACCCUAGAAGACAUAGAUGACCAUGAGAUCAAGGGCAUCCUUUUUAAUGUACGCAAUUCCAAAUCUCUUGAUGAACUCCUUACAAUACUUGAAAAACAAACACUUGUUUUUCAUCUGGCUGGCUGCAAGACAGUCAUUAAAGAAUUGGACGACAAGGAGAAACUAGUUGAAGACUUUCUUAAGUGGUAUAUAAUAAAAAGAAAUGCAUUUGGCAUCGAGCGGAAAUUUGUCGCCGGAAGGACCAUCACUGCGUGAUAUUCUCCAGUUUGCUACCGGCCUGUCCUCCAUUCCACCUUCUGGUUUCCAUCCGCGUCCAUCAGUACAGUUUCUUCAUAAUGGGUCACCAUAUCCCAUUGCUAACACUUGUGGCAAUAUUAUUCACCUACCAAUUACUACAUAUUACUAUACUUUUCAGAAGAACAUGGACUUUGGAAUAUUAAAUUCCCCAGGGUUUGGCAGAAUCUAGAAUUAUUAUAAAAGGGUCAUUCCACGCCAACUCAACCAGAAGAGGGACAUUUCGUUGCCCGUCCGUCUCAGAUU